AUGAACGCGCCCUUCCAUUUCUAUCACCAUCUCCCCUUCCCUACCACCUAUCUUCCAUCACCCUCUCCCCCCCAUCCCCAUCGCGGUCGUUCCCCCUCCCCCGUCGCCCGCAAUUCCCUCCAUCACCCACAGUUCCCUCCGUCGCCCGCAGUUCCCUCCGUCGCCCGCAGUUCCCUCAGUCGCCCGCAGUUCCCUCCGUCGCCCGCAGUUUCCUCCGUCGCCCGCAGUUCCCUCCGUCGCCCGCAGUUCCCUCCGUCGCCCGCAGUUCCCUCCGUCGCCCGCAGUUCCCUCCGUCGCCCGCAGUUCCCUCCGUUGCCCGCAGUUCCCUCCGUCGCCCGCAGUUCCCUCCGUCGCCCGCAGUUCCCUCCGUCGCCCGCAGUUCCCUCCGUCGCCCGCAGUUCCCUCCGUCGCCCGCAGUUCCCUCCGUCGCCCGCAGUUCCCUCCGUCGCCCGCAGUUCCCUCCGUCGCCCGCAGUUCCCUCCGUCGCUCGUAGUUCCCCCUGGCCUAUCUCCUUCCUUCCCGCUGUCCCGCUCCCAUUGCACCCCGCCCUCCCGCAUCUCUUCCAGCCUUCCCACUCCCAUAUCUCUCCGCCCUCCAUUUCUCAUCCCUUCUUGUCCUCUCUGUCUCCUUCCUUACUACACUCCCUACGGCUGCCGUGGGGGAGCGAGCGUGACAAGGGGGACUGUCCGGCAUGAAGAGCUUUGCGCCGUCCAAACUAUCAAGGUCUUUGAACCUCUCCUGCAGGUGUUCCACUACCGCAACAGCAUAGGAGCGGCAGGUGUUGAUGCAAGUCUCUAG